AUCUAGCAAUUAAUGGUAUUUAUAAGCUGUGUAUUGAUUAUAUACUAUACUUGGAUAUUGACUAGUAUACAUUUAACUAUAGGUUAUCUGGAUAAUACUUACUACUUGAUCCAAAGAAACGUAUACUUUGCACAUGAAGAAUAUACAGAAAACAACGGACAAUUGAUUUAACAAUGGACAUAUUUUAUUGUUUCUAAAACUGCAUGAAACUGAUGAACCAGUACGUGAACCGUGUUAAUGUGUUGGUUAAACUAAGGCAACGGUAUAAAAACUGAGUAUGAAGUAAUCCAUUUCAGAGACGUAUUUAUUACUAUAUAGGGGAGAAGUUUAGAUAAAAAGCAAUGAAUAAGUAUUUUGUAUAUCUUGUUAGACGGUUGGCGUUAUCUAUCAAAUAUCUCCUGAAUUUUGGGGACAGACUGGUUUCAAUGUAUCAGAAUAUUUUAUACACUGUAAGGUGGUUGGUAUGGUAUAUCAAAUAUCGAUUGAAUUUUGGAGACAGGUGGCAUACCAUACGAAUAUCCCUCCAACCCCCAAAUGGCUAUCCAGAAGCUGCAAACUACAAUAUUACCGCAUUAGGGAACGGAAUAAAAGCUCAUAUGAAUCAAAUCGAAAUAAAUCAGGAAAAUGGUAUACACACUAUUCAAGCCGAGGCUGAUGUUGUUCUCCCAUUAGAUAUUUCAACUAUAACUAUAAAUAGAAAUGGCAAUGAAGAAGGCACUGGAUGGUUCUUUCGAUGGAUAGAAAUUGAUGGUGGACAUCGGUUUUCAUUUCAUAAAACGAUAACGGUUCGUGGUUUUUCAAGUAGAAAAGAUACGCUUUUACCUCAAGAUGAAGGCAGUCAAUAUAAUUCAGAUCUACGAAAGUUUCAUCUUGCUGAGCAAAAACUGAAAUAUGGAUAUGAAUUGUACAAUGGUGGUGAUAUAGAAUUACCUGUUAAGAUAAGGAAUUUGCCAAUGGAAGAAAACUUCUCAUUCCACUAUUUUGUGAAAAAUAGUGUACUGCCGGAAGCUAAAUUGUUUAUAUCCAAAGAAAUCGUAAUCUUGAAGAAUUGGCUGCCAGCAAGGUGGAGAGCGUUCGUCGAAAUAAACACAGCUUACCAAAUGUAUUUCAAAACACCAAGAGGUAACAUCAAUUGGGAAGACAAUCUGCAUUUUGCGCAGCAAAGACUUAAUCAGUGCAACUCGUCGUUAAUAAGGCGAGUAAAUGACCGAAAUGAGAUUGCAGACAUCAUGAACAUUCUGCCUAAUGGUGUUCUCAAUGCUAUUGUUGACGUCAAUACAGUGAUAGAAGACGGGCAGUUAUACUUCACCAACAUCAACAUACCGGAAAAUCUAGCGAUUCCUAGUCCAGUAGUUUUAUUCCAACAGAUAGAUGGCGAGGGUUUUCAACCUGUUGCUAUUAAACUGAAUAUUGCUAACGGAGGACAAGUUGUGUUUCAACCAGACGAUGACCCGAAUGCUUGGAGACUAGCUAAGAUGUGGGCUAAUUUAGCAGAUGCAUCGAUGCAACUAAGCGUUGUCCAUUUAGGGCUAACUCAUUUAUUAAUGGAAGGCGUUGCUAUUUGUGUACACCGCAAUCUCUCAACAAGACACCCGAUUUAUAAAUUGCUUGUUCCACAUUUUUAUUAUAACCUUGCAAUCAACGAAAUGGCACGCGAUUUACUGUUUAUCCCUGGAGGAUACCUUGACACAACAAUGAACAUUCAUUCAGCUGGAGUUUUACAAUUGAUUCAACAAAGGUUGGGCGAUUGGAAUAUGAAUAUCGAUGGCACGUUUCCAGUAGAUCUACAAGAAAGAGGACUUACAGGUGAUGAUGGAGUUAACAAGGUUAACAUACCUGGGUUUUUUUAUGCCGAAGAUGGUUUGCGACUAUACAAUGUUAUACACAAUUAUGUAGAGCAAUAUGUCCAUCACUACUAUUCAGGACUAAAUGACGAGGAUAUCAUGACUAGGUUGUUAGGCGACACUGAGAUACAGGCCUUUUACGCAGAACUAGUCCUACCACGUGCACAAGAAAAUGGAGGAAUUGGAAUGCAGGGAGUUCCAGGAAACAACGGCAGAUUCGAGACAACUGAUCAGCUUAUUGAUACCCUAACAUCAACAAUAUUCAUAUGUUCGGUUAUGCAUGCUGCUACAAAUUUUCCACAGUAUGAUCAAUAUGGAUUCCCGCCAAAUUAUUCAACAUUACUGCAUGGAGCACCACCUCAAAAUGCGAAUGAGAUAGACGACCAAGCUGUAUUAGAUUGUCUUCCAUCAGUCAGAGAAACCUUUGACAUCAUGACGAAUUUUACUCUUCUCAGUCAAGAAACAACACAACCACUCGGACAGUCUGAAGUUCAAUUAAUUGAAGACCCAAAUGCAGUGACAAUCCUUAAUGCGUUCAGAGCAGAAUUGGCCCUAAUUGAACAGGAGAUUAAUGUGCGAAACCAAGAAAUCAUAGCAGGAAACCAGAAUCCGAACUUCAUUCCGUAUACUAGACUUUUACCAAGCAAUAUUCCGAAUUCAAUUGCAAUAUGAAAAACGUAGUUUUCGUAAAUGCACAACGACAUAUACUAAGUAUCCAGAAACUUUUAAGUUUAAAUAUUAGUCGUAACAGUUUCUUUUGUUGUAACUAGACGUUAGCACUUCCAAAAAGAUAUAUAAAGAACUUUGGCAAGUUAUUACUUGAACAGUUGUUUAUAUCGUCGUCUUUGGUCUCUGGUGGAUAUUUUACUCUUGGCAGUCUUACCAACCUCCUUAUUAUUGUAUACAAAAAAAAAAAAACAUAUGUUAUAUCUUUCGUAGAUGUAUGAAAAAGAACAGUAAAUGUCUUUUAAACGUUGAUAGUAUAGAAUUUUUUAUCUAAAAGACAACCGACACAACAUAAAAAAAGCAUCAAAGUCAAAUAUCUUUCAAAGGGAAACGAGUCUCAAAAUAAUUUUAUUGAACUAUCUCAAAACCUGUCAAAGGACAUAACACUUUAUAGAUGGCAAUGACUGUCUUCAUAACACCCAUUAUGUAUAUUUGGCAAAUUAGAAAUAAAACAAUUAUAUCUCUUUACUAAUCGACGGGCUACCCUUUAAACACCGAAAAAAGAUGAAAUGAUUUUUUUUCUUAUUUGCAUACCCAGAAAGGAUAUCGAAAAUGUGAACCUGUUUUUUUUUUGGGGGGGGGGGGGGGGGGGAAAGACAUUAUUGGAAGAUAUUUACAUAAUCAUUUUAUCGCCUGUGAUAAUAUAUAGAUAACGCAUAGCUGAGAUGAUGAUAUAGCAGAUUGAGUCAAGUUUACAAUGUUUUCGAGUGGUAACAAUCUGAUCUAUCACCCAUUUAACUCUGUGGUGUUUUUUUUUACAUAUUAUACUGAAUGUUGUUUUAAUUGUCUUUUAAAGAGUAUGACCUAUUUUCCCUGAAUUAAUUUCACACAAGGGUCAUUUUCAAAAAGUGUUCUAAUCUUUACUUACCUUCAGUAGAACACAUCUAAAUAUUUGUGUUUUAAGGUUGGCUUAUUGCUGAACAAGUUAACAAUGCUCAAAACUGCAAUUUUGAGAGAUUAGGCAAAUUUUAGUAUUAAUUACAAAAAGAUACAAAAAGGACAUCGUUAACUAAAAGCUAAAUUAUGUUGCCAGUAAAGGUAUUUAUUUCAUAUUAGUUUUCUCUCUAUGAAUUGGAUUUAAAAAAAAAAAGCAAAUUCACCUGGAGAAAAGUGACAUUCACCGCGCUGAACGUAACGCGCUUUUACCUUUAACGUUAUUGUAAAAUGUCUAAUAUACAAUUGGACUUAGUAAAUAUUUAACAUCAAAUACAUUGUUUUCUCUCGGAAAAUGGAAUAUGUCUUUUGUUUCGGUAAAUAUGUGGUUUAAUUGACUUUUGACGGCCUCAGUGAUUAUCAGUUUUUCAAGUCAAUAAAACCGACUACGACACCAAAACAAAAGACAGUAAUUGUAUAGUAUUAUCACGAGCUUGAUAGAUCUACGAGUUAGAAUGUGCAUGCCAUAAUCAUUUAAUUGUAUUUAGCAAACUUUGAAGAAAAAAACUGUUGAACACAUAUUUGUGUUACUGAAGACAUCGCUAAUUUGAGGUUUUAUUUGCACUAGUGCAAUAGUGGGGUAUUGUUGCACGCAAAUUUUUGAUUACAUUCUGUAUGUAAUAUGUUGUUGCUAUGCAAUACCAAUGUAUAUAACUAUAGCAAUAAGGAGUAAAACAAUCCUCUUUUCUUUGUUGAUAAAAAAUGAGAAUGACUCGUUUGAUACUCUUUUCGUUAAAAGAUGUCCAGUUUGAAGAGUUAUGUCAGAACUUUAAAAGAAAAUUCAUACUCAUAAAAGAUAUUUACUAUCCAGCAUCUUUAUUAAUUUUUUUAUUUCAUUAUUCUAUUUUCCUUUUUGACUUACUAAGUGUGUUUUAUAUAGUUUCAAUGUAUACUGUAUUUAUUUUUCAUGUGCACAGCAGCGUUUUUCAUAUACUGUAAAAUUAAUCAUUUCAAUAUUAAAAAUAAAAUACGUUUUUCGUGA